UGCAAUAACUCAAUUCGCCCUUGCACUCCUAAACAAUGCAAUUUUUAGAAACUUUGGAAAAGGGUAAAGACUACAAAACGGAGUCCACUCUGUUUGUUACAGAUUCUAGUUUUGGAAACAGAAAACUGCAUGGAGAUCAAAUGUUUCAUCGAUGAGAAAAUUUGCAGAAUUUCGGCCAAAAUCCAUUUCGCUUCAUCUUCUUCCACUGCCGGCCACUGGGCUUCCGCUCAUCACCAUAUUAUCAUAUUUGGUAGUGAGUGGAAACACCAACCGGAUGCUUCACAUGUAUACAUCUUGUGAAAUAUCUAUCAUUGUUCUAUCUGUGGUAUAGAUGGGUUAGCUGACGUCAUCACGAAACGAUGUGCGCGCUUCCAUGGGGCAGAAGUCAGCGUGUUGUUGUGAUUCUGCAUAGCCAGAUUGCUUGCAAGAAUGACAAGAAACUGCCAUGUGGGGAAUCGACCACAGUGGAGUCCUCAGAGCAGAACUGCAGCUGGAUCGAGCCUCAUGCUUUGGGUACACCGACAUGGGAAACUGUGGAUCUGAAUUCGUUCAGAUCAAUGUCGGCCGCUCCUCUUGGCAAUGGCCCCUGGAUUGGGCGGACAGGAGUUAGAAUGUUCAAGAAAGACAAACCCAGACAAAUCAGCAUCAGGCGUGAGAGAAUGUCUUUCCAGCCCUGCUGUGCAGAGAACCUUCUUUGGGGGAGCGAAAGGCUUCAAGGGAAAUACUCCUGAAAGACAGCUGAAGAGAAAACCAAACUCCAAAAUCAGGUUCCCUCUGUCCCACAUCCAGAUGCACGCCAGUACCUGUGGAGACCACGUGGACUCCCAUGUCAUCUGGGUGGACUAGGAAAGACUGCAUUGUAUAUUUACACGUUUCUGCUUUUAAUCAGUGGGCAGUGCAGCAAACGUGGAUACACUAUUGUUUUUAAUAUACUGUAUUUUUAAUAUACCUAUUACAUAUUGUAUAGUAUAAACAACAUCAACGAUAAACUGUGUUCAGGACAUCUAUUUCAGAAGUAAUCAAUCAUAAUUGAAAUGAUCAAUUCAUUUUUGAUUUAUCUGGGCUUGUUGGCUGCUCCUUGUCUUUUUUUCACCACUCUGAACUUGUUCCACAGGGAACAUUAAUGACUGCUGCUACCUGUUAGUUAACAGCUGUCUCACCUGCAGCAUUUCCACUGGGGAGCGUUGCAGUGUUAAUGUUAAUAGAGGCUUGGUAAGGAAGGCAAGGGCCACUCCCUGGUUUGGGCCUAGCCAGGCGUGAAACACACUGAAAUGGUUGCUUUUUAAUUGGUCUUGUCCCAGGGGAGUAGAGAUGUGUUAUUUGGAUUGUGGGGAGUCAUUCUAACCAAGCUCUGUGUAGUCAGCCGAGAGCACAUGACCACAGUGAUCCAUUUUCUGCACACUGACUGAGCCCAAAACAGCAGUCAGCGGACCCCACUGCCGUUCUCUCCUACCCUUCUCAGCCUCAAGAAUAACCAGGGCGCUUGGAUUUCCACCGAUAAUGUGAGAUCAUCUUCAUACUAGGGACAAUUACUCCAUUAUCUGUCCAUUUUACUGAAGAAACAUGGAAAACCUCACACCAGAGCAAUGGCGGGAGAUAGUGAACAAGAAGAUGCGCUUCCCUCCGGAGCUGAUCAGUGCCAUCCAGGAGGGGAACAUAGUGAUGGUGUGUGGCCUGCUGAAUACUGGUGAUGGUAUCAUCCGCCAGCUGGAUGACUCCGAGGACCGGCUGUGGAGAGAGUCCCUCAACCUGUCCAUCCGCCUGGGCAACGAGGACACCAUGGACGCCCUCCUCCAGGGCAUCAAGUUUGACUUUCGCCAGAUCCAUGAGGCUCUGCUGGUCGCCGUGGACACCAACCAGCCCCGCGUGGUGAAGAGGCUCCUCGACCGCCUGGACCAGGAGAAGGGCAACAAGAUGGACGUGCGAUCCUUCUCCCUGGCCAUCUUCGACCACUCUAUCGACGACUCACAGUUCGCCCCUGGCGUGACCCCGCUGACCCUGGCCUGUCAGAAGGACCUGUAUGAGAUUGUCACCAUGCUGACCCAGAAGGGCCACGUCAUCCCACGGCCACACAAGAUCUCCUGUGCCUGUCUAGAGUGCAGGAACGGGCGGCAGUAUGACCUGCUGAAGUUCUCCCUGUCUCGCAUCAACACCUACCGUGGCAUUGCCAGUCGGGCCUACCUGUCCAUCACCUCAGAGGACGCCAUGCUCAGUGCCUUCGGCCUCAGCAAGGAGCUCCGCAAACUCUCCAAGAAGGAACCCGAGUUCAAGCCUCAGUACUUGGGUCUGGAGGAGCUGUGCCAGGAGUUUGCAGUGGAGCUGCUGGGAAUGUGCCGUAACCAGAGUGAGGUCACCACCAUCCUGAACAGCUGUGGAGAUGAAAGCCAGGACGCCCUUGACCAGCAGGCCUUUGAGGAGGGCAUCCCCAACCUGACCCGCCUUAGGCUCGCCGUCAACUACAACCAGAAACAGUUUGUAGCCCACCCUAUCUGCCAGCAGGUGCUGUCCUCUAUUUGGUGUGGAAACUUGUCUGGCUGGAGGGGCAGCAGGACGGCCUGGAAGCUGCUGGUGUCUGUGGGGAUCUUCUUCACCAUGCCGCUCCUCUGCCUCGUCUACUGGAUCGCACCCAAGUCCAAGGUGGGAAAGAUACUGAGGAUUCCGGUGAUUAAGUUCCUUCUUCACUCUGCCUCCUACAUGUGGUUCCUCAUCACGUUGUUGGGAGAGUCCAUCACCAUGGAGUUGUACAGAGACGAGUUUGCUUCUCGUCAGCAGAAUAUUCUGCACAGCUCAUUCCACAUGGUGUGGGUGGUCGGGUUCUUCUGGUAUGAAUGUAAGGAGGUGUGGAUUGAAGGUCUGCGUAGCUACUUCCUGGACUGGUGGAACUGCAUGGACAUGAUGGUGCUUAGCAUGUACCUGGCCUCCUUCACUCUGCGCGUCCUCAUCAUGCUCAAAGGUCACUUCCUGUGCCAGGCCCCUGACGGGACUGAGGAGUGUGCCUACUUCACCCAGACUGUGCGCCAGGACUGGCAUCAGGAGGACCCCCAGCUCAUAGCUGAGGUGCUGUUUGCAGUGACCAGUAUGCUGAGCUUCACCCGCUUGGCCUACAUCCUUCCUGCACAGGAGUCCCUGGGCACACUCCAGAUCUCCAUAGGGAAGAUGAUCGAUGACAUGAUGAGGUUCAUGUUCAUAUUGAUGAUUAUUGGAACAGCUUUCCUCUGUGGUAUCAAUAACAUCUAUGUUCCUUAUGUCACCCAACCAUAUCUUGGAAGGUUUAAUGAGACCUUUCGUUUCCUGUUCUGGACCAUGUUUGGGGUGGCCAACCAGGACUAUGUGGACAUGCCCAAGUUUGUGGUGGCAGAGUUUGUGGGCAGAGUCCUUUACGGCAUCUUCACCCUGGUGAUUGUGAUCGUGCUGCUCAACAUGCUCAUUGCCAUGAUCACCAACUCCUUCCAGAAGAUUGAGGAUGACGCUGACGUUGAGUGGAAAUUUGCCCGAUCCAAGCUCUAUCUGAGUUACUUCCGAGAAGGUCUCACUAUGCCUGUCCCCUUCAACAUUAUCCCCUCUCCUAAGGCCUUCUUCUAUCUCAUACGGGGUAUUUUUCGUCAGAUCUGCUGCUGUUGUACUUUGAACUCGACACCAGACUAUCCCCCCAUAACCUCCAUGUCCAACGAGAAGGAGAUGGACGGUGGAGGAUCAGGGGAGAACCAGAUACCUUACCGCCAGCAGGUGAUACGGGCUCUGGUGCAGCGCUACAUUGAGUCUGAACGCCGGAAGUUUGAGGAGACCAAGAGAAAAGACGUGGGUAAUCGGAUCACAGAGCUAAACAAGGUGGUGGGCAGGCUGCAUGCUGAGAUGAAGGCCAUCAUGCAGGUUCUGGUGGACUCUGGCCAGGCUGCAGGAGACAUCCCCAACACUGAUGGCUCCUCCAUCCUGGGGAAAUACAUAAUGGGAGCCAAGAACAACUUCAGGGGGUUCGACAACAGGCUGGACAACAAACACACACCUCUGCAGGUGAUUGUGGAGAUGGGGGGAGAAGAAGGAAAAGUGGCGGAAGAGAAGGCUGGAGCAGUGGUGAUACCAGAUGACGAAGGGAUGGAGAUGGAACAUGACAGAAAGGUGGAGAUAGGAAAGGAUGGAGCAGUGCUGAUAGCAGAGGAGGGAGGGAUGGCAAUGGAACAGGAGGUAAAGGAUGGAGGGGUGGUGGUCAAACAGGAGGUAAAGGUGGGGCUAGAUGGAGCAGAGGGGACAAAGCAGGUAGGAGACAUGGAUGUUGUGAAGAUGGAGGAGGGGAGAAUUGAUGGAAAUAAGGGAGAGAGAAGGGUGGAGGAGGUAGUGAAGCAGUCCGAGCAGAACAUGGAAAAUGGAGUGAAGGGAGAGGUAAGAGUGGAAAAGAUUGUAAAGGAGUCAGAGCACAAGAUGGAAAGGAGAGGAGACGGUGACAGGAAGGGGGACAAGGGGAUAAAAAAGGCACACACCAAUGAGAUGGUGGAGAAAAGGGUGGAGGGAGAGGCCAGUCUGGGUAAGGCAGAAGUAAGGAUGAAAGUGAAAGACAAAGGGGAAAAGGUAGAUAGCAGUGUGGAUAAUACAAUCGGGGACCAAGGAGUUGUAGGAGGUGACAAAAAGGUUAAUGAAAUGGGAGGAUGUGGGAAUGAAGGGAAAGUAGACAUGGGACUGGGAGAUGUGAAAGAGGUAGAGAGGAAGGUCAAAGCAAUGGCACUAAAGGAGAAAAGAGUGGUGGGGAAGAUCAAUGUGGCAGAGAGGUGGACUAAGGGCCAGGGGAGGGCAGUGGAGGAGAAUGUGACUGAGAAGAAGGCUGCCAAGGCUGGCAUGGUGGUGGUGGAGAAUACUGCCAGGGCUGAGGUGAAGACCCAGGGGGAGAAGGUGGUUCCUUCCCCGACCAGCAGCAGCAGCUCACAGGACACUGGCUUCGGCUCACAGGAAGGGGAGGGGUCCAUCGAUGGAGGACCAAUGAGACCCGCACAUCUGAGUGCAUCAUCUCCAGAUUAGAAGUGUCAGCCAGUUAGCAUUGUUUCAGUCAACUCCAUAGUACAGUAAUUGGUUGACCACAGGAUAUGUUUUACAUCAACACAGCAAUAUACACUUGCAGUAGGUAGCAUUGGAACAUUUUGCUGUAAAAGGAGGUACAAACCAUUAGAAGGCAUGUAUACUGAACAAAAAUAUAAACGCAACAUGUAAAGUGUUGGUCCCAUGUUUCAUGAACUGAACUAAAAGA